AUGUCUUCUUUCUUGGGAAAAUGGAAACUAAGCGAGUCACACAACUUCGAUGCUGUCAUGUCAAAGCUAGGUAUUUCAUGGGCAACUCGACAGAUUGGGAACACAGUGACACCGACUGUAACCUUCACAAUGGAUGGGGAUAAAAUGACCAUGUUAACAGAGUCAACUUUCAAGAAUCUUUCUUGUACGUUCAAGUUUGGCGAGGAAUUCGAAGAAAAAACAAGUGAUGGCAGAAACGUCAAGUCAGUUGUUGAAAAAAAUUCCGAGUCGAAGUUAACGCAAACUCAAGUAGAUCCCAAAAACACAACUGUAAUCGUUCGUGAAGUAGACGGUGAUACUAUGAAAACGACUGUGACUGUUGGUGACGUUACUGCCAUUCGCAAUUAUAAACGACUACCCUAA